GCAUAAUUUUAAUGGGUGUGCCACUUUUUUUUCAUAGUAUCUGACUAUAUGAAGAUGGAGAGGAAAGCUCAAACCGCUAUGUCUGACUGCUUGGCUUUUGUAAUAUGUACAAAUGACUUGAUUGGGUUGAUCACAUAUGAUCACGAUAAUAGUCUUUGUGAAGACAGGAAUGUUUUCCCGUGUAGUAGUAUUGUUAAAAAUCCUCUUCCUGGACUUAAUUCUCACGUGAACCCUUUCUACAUGUUUGGGCUACCUAUCUGGCGUAAACGUGGAGAUUUCUUGACAAACUGUUUAACUCUCCGUUAAAGAUUUUCUUUCUAAUAUUCUGUGUAGUACUAUGCAUGAAAAACUAUUUUCACUUGUGGGUCUUGGAUAUGAGUAGUCGUUUGUCGGAUGGUCUUUCUUUUGAAGGCCUAGCGGAAAGUGUUUGUUCAGUAAGUCGAGGCUUUUUUGAAGGAAGAGAAAAGAAUAUGUUCUGACUGACGAAGACAACAAAUGACGACAUCAGAGAAAAGGUGUAAGACGGAAAAAUACAUUUUUCUACCACUUCCUCCUUAUUCCUACACUUAAUUUCCCCUAUUCCGCUUACAUUACCUUUCUUGGUCUGUUUGGGCAAAAGAUGAGUUGACGUGAAUCAAGAAAUCUGUGACAUGUUAGGGGUUUUUCUCUUAAGGCAAUUCGUAUGUGAAACCAUAUAAAAUGCUCACGGAACCCCCUUGAUAUCAUGUAUGUUGUCUACCUGGUGUUUUGAGUAGUUUGAUGAAUUGAAAAGCUAUAAUUAUUCACAGUAACCUAACAGUGUCGUCGUAACAUACGUCGAUUUACCUAAAUCUGCUUCAAAAUUAGUUUGAAGUACUUACCUACCUUGUUUUAUUGAGCAUCAGUUGCGUGUAGCUGAAUGCUUACGUGUGCAAUUCACUAAUCAGUUUAAUGUCGGAUCAGUUGUCGAAACCAUGCCUAAGCACUCAGGAUCUCACUUCGAACUCAAAUAUCCAAGAGGCUACAUAUGAUAAUGAUGCAGAUUCGCAUGGAGCUAGUAAUUCAUCUUUCAAUGAAGAUGAAGUAAGGGUGAUAGAGUUGGAACAAAACAAUACAUUAAACCACGAUGCUGAGUGUUUACCGUCUUCCGAUGGUUUAAAGCAUUCCGUUGAAGAUACACAAAACAAUACAAUGCAAGAUAUCGUAUCUCCGCAAGAAUCAUCAAAUGAUCAGUCAAAUGAAGUUCGUUGGCGGCAUUGUAUGAACAAUGGUCAAGAAGUGUAUAUUAAUGAAGCAACUGAAGAAACGUGGAUUCCAGCAACUGACCAAUACGGAAAAACUUACUAUUAUGAACUUAACAGUCGUCAUUCUGUAUGGACACUUGAAGAUUUAGAUACACCAGUUACAAAAACACCAGACGUAUCUGAUUCACUGAAUAAUUAUUUAGACAGUAAUGGAAGGAGCCCCGUUUGUGAAGAUUUCAAUUGUCCAGUCGAUGGAGAUAUAGAUCGUAUUUCUCUUAUUGACGAAUAUCCGUCUGCAUCUAGACCUCCAAGUACGGGUGAAGUGAAACGAAGAAUAAUGAAUCGAUCUAAGAAAUCAUAUCGGAGUUCUAAUAUACCUUCUGAAGUCCCUUCAACGCCUAUAAUUAACAGACCCUUCAGCUUAGUUAGUCUCGAUGAUAACGAUCAGGGUACAGGACGUUUCCAGAUGAGGAAUUUGAGCAAGGAACACAUCAGUGGACCACAUGAAAAUAAACUCACGCAUUUUGAACGACGUGGUUCAGUUAUCCGUACUAUGCUAGUUGAAAAUGAUAAGCGAAUACCAAAGAAAUGGACGCCAGGUAUUUUGCUUCUUUCUGGUCCAUUGCUUCUACUAUACAAAGACAAUAAAUGUAUUUUACCUAAAAUAAAUCAGCCCCUUGGCAAACCUGAUAUUCAGUUCAAUAUUAGAGAAGUAGAAAUUAGUGAAGCAAAUGGUGAGCAGACAUCAAGGAAAAAUGUUCUAAAGAUUGAUUAUAAUGUUUCUGGGAGGUCAAAUGUCUACUUGGUACAAAUUCCACCCAUUGAUUAUGAAUCAUGGAAAGCUGCAAUACGUUAUGCAAAGGAUCUUUUAAAAGAAGAUCGUGGAGUAACAUUGGCACGUUCAUUCACACGACGUGAUGCGACACAACCUAUGCUAGACAGCAAAUUGUUAGCUAAGCUAAGAGACUUUUUUCGAACCAGACCUACCGCUGCAUCCUUACGUUCUCGUGGAAUUCUGAAAAAUGAAUCUGUGUUUGCCUCCACAAUUAUGCAAGUCUGUGAAAAUGAAAAUUCUGAUGUUCCUAACUUUGUUAUCCGUGCUAUUCGUGCCAUUGAAGCUCGAGGACUUGAUCAUGUUGGGAUUUAUCGAUUAAAUGGAAAUGGUGCUACAAUACAAAAGCUUCGUUGCGCUGUUAACCAGUAUAAUUAUAGUUUGAACUCUGAUAAAUGGAGUUUAGAAGUAUUAACGGGUGCAUUAAAACUAUUUUUCCGAGAACUUAAAGAGCCAUUGAUAACCUUCAAAAUCUAUCCGGAAGUUGCUCAGCUCUUGGCUAAUAAAAAUAUGGCAUCAGAUAAAAAAGCUGCCAAAAUGAGAGAUUUAAUUAACUCGAUGCCAGCACCACAUGUGAACACGUCACGAAUUCUUUUUCAUCAUUUGUAUAGGGUAAUGCAAUUGUCGAAAAUAAAUCAAAUGCAUUCUUAUAAAUUGGCUAUUGUAUUUGGACCAAGCUUAAUUUGGCCAGAAGUAGAUUCUGCUGCAUUUGGAGCACUCACAUCUGUACAGGCUCCAUGUGUAGAAUUUCUACUAACACAUGUAGAAGAAAUAUUUGGACCAGUGACUCCACCACCAGUGAUUUAAAUUUAUAUAUGAAUCAAAUGAAUUUCAACUAUAGGAAUGUUCAGUCAAUUUUUGUUUGAUUCAAUUAAACACUUAUUGCUCAAAAUAUUUAUUCUUUUAUAUGAUCAUAAUAUUGUUUUAGAGAGUACUCAUCAAUAUUUUUGAUCUCUAUCUCUUUAUACAUUUUAUCACAACACAUGUAUAGUGUGUAUUAUUUUGAUGUUUCUUGCACGCUUCCACUUGAUAGCCUUGCAAAAUUUCAAAAUUAGAACUUUAAUCUUUCUUUUUUUUUUUUAUCAAAUACAAUCAAGUAAAUAGUAUUUCUCUACCUGAUAUUGUUCACUUUUCAAUAAAAACUUUUUUUUAUAUUUUAAUUAAUGUAAUUUUUCAUCUUAUUGUAUCUUAAAAUUUGAAUGAAUACCUAAUCAUUGUAUAAUAAUCGUAUUUUCAGUCUAAAAUUGAUUAAAAGUUGGUUUCAAUCUCCGUUCAUGGAUGUCUCUCUCUCUCUCUCUUCUUUAAACUGUUCAGUAGUGAUUUGACCAACUUGUCUCUAUUAUGACUAUCUGAUAUUAAGUUGUGUUCAAAGCAUGUAUACACUCAUACUUCGAAUAAAUUCAAAACGUCUUCAUUAUUACCAACAAAAUAUUAACUAGAACCAUUAAUUCUAUUG